CCGCUGAUAACAACGUAUAAUAACGACGGAGUGAUGCUCAGAACUUACUGCGAACCGAGCUUUUGAUAGCCUAUACCUAGAUUCAGGUUUUUUUUAUUUUAUUUUAUUUUUUAUUUUUUUAAUUAUUACUAAUCUGUUAUACUUGGACAGUCAUUUUAACCAAAACAGAUGUUCUCGGCAUAACAGCAUUCAACACCAUACAAAUGUUGCAAUAUAUGGCUAUGUUCGUAAUAAAAGGGUCGGACAAAUUGCGAACCUAAUUUCCAAGCGCGUCUGUUUCCCCGGUCCGAGCGAUACCCCUCCUGGAACAUGACAUGCAGCGGUGUUAUUUUGCGCUGUGAAAAGAGAAAGACAGAGUUAUCCUCUGUUUUGGUUUUCAUUUUAACUGUAAAUUUAAUUAAAACCAAUGGUUUUAGGUGCAAUGCGCGGACGAAUGGGAAGAAGUACGUUACUUUUGACGCUUUUGACUACUUUUAGCGGCAUUGUCAACUCAACAUACGGAACAUGGAAGAACAGUUUUCAUUCGAAUCGUGUGAACAACGUGGAAAAGCCGUCAUCUCAGCCACACAUCAUCUUUAUUAUGGUCGAUGACCAAGGAUUUCGAGACGUCGGGUAUCAUGGGUCUGAAAUAAAGACCCCAACACUGGACAGACUCGCUGCAGCAGGAGUCAAACUGGAGAAUUACUAUGUGCAGCCUCUGUGUAGCCCCUCAAGGAGCCAACUGAUGACCGGCAGAUAUCAAAUCCACACUGGCCUUCAGCAUUCCAUCAUCCGACCCACUCAGCCGAAUUGCCUCCCUUUGGAGAACAUCACCCUUCCUCAGAAACUGAAGAACGCUGGGUACUCUACUCAUAUGGUGGGGAAGUGGCACCUUGGCUUCUAUAAGCGUGGCUGUAUGCCUACGCAGCGUGGCUUUGAUACCUUCUUUGGCUCUUUGUUGGGUAGUGGUGACUACUACAGCCAUUACAAAUGUGACAGCCCAGGAAUGUGUGGGUACGAUCUUCAUGAGGGGGAAGAAGCUGCCUGGGAGCAGGACCAUGGCAUCUAUUCCACCAUCAUGUAUACUCAAAAGGCAAUAAACAUCCUGGCAUCUCACAAUCCUAAACAGCCCAUCUUCCUUUACUUGGCCUACCAGGCUGUACACUCUCCCUUGCAGGUUCCUGCCCGCUACCUUGAACGCUAUAAAUCAAUCCCAAACUUGCAUCGCCGCAAGUAUGCUGCAAUGGUCAGCUGCUUGGAUGAGGCAGUACGCAAUCUAACUCUUGCUCUCAAGCAUUAUGGCUAUUAUGACAACAUGGUUAUGGUGUACUCCUCAGACAAUGGAGGUCAACCAAUGGCAGGAGGCAGCAACUGGCCACUAAGAGGCAGUAAGGGAACUUAUUGGGAAGGAGGAAUACGAGUGGUAGGGUUUGUACACAGCCCUUUACUGGUAAAAAAGGGAACUAGAAGCAGGGCUCUAAUCCAUAUUACUGAUUGGUACCCAACACUGGUGAUGCUUGGUGAAGGUACUCUAGAUGAAAACCAGAACCUUGAUGGUUAUGAUGUCUGGGAAGCCAUCAGUGAGGGACGUCCCUCACCUCGACUGGAUAUUCUCCACAACAUAGACCCUAUCUACACCAAAGCCAAGAACGGCUCUUGGAAAGCAGGCUAUGGAAUCUGGAACACGGCCAUCCAGGCAGCACUCCGUGUAGGUGACUGGAAGCUCCUGACUGGUGUGCCAGGAUAUAGUGACUGGAUUCCACCGCAGACUUUCUCCAAACUGCUGUUGGCUAAUCGUUGGCACAAUGAACGUGUGAACUGGGAUCGAGGCAAAUCUAUAUGGCUCUUCAACAUUACAGCUGAUCCAUAUGAACGAGUGGACCUUUCUCAACGAUACCCACAUGUGGUGAAGAAAAUGCUAUUCAGGCUUCUACGGUACAACAAGACAGCUGUGCCAUGCCGCUACCCUCCCAAAGACUAUCGCUCCAAUCCUCAGUAUAAUGGGGGGGUCUGGGGUCCCUGGUACACAAAUGAUGACGAAGAUGAGGAUGAUAACCUUCUCUCAUAUGAUUUUGAACAGAUGAAGAGUUGGAAGAAAGCGAAACGAAGAGGGAAAUUCAAAAGAAAGACCUGAGGUCUAUAGAAGUUUAUGCUGGCUCCCAUUUUGACUUUUGUGGUACCUUUUGUGGUGUGAACUCAGGGAUGACUGUAGUCUUUAACUUCCAGCACAGUCAUUUUCACUGAUGUAUAGAUUUACCUCCAAUUUCAAUUUCAAAUUAAAAGUCAGUAGUGUGUAAUUUAAAUAUUUUCUAUUCUAAUUCAAUGUGCAGAUAACUAUAGGCGAUUCAUUCAUAGAGUGUAAACACUGUGAGGCUUCAAAGAAUUGCUGCAAGUUUGGGUAAGGACAACUAGUGGCAGAUGAGAAAAGUGGAAAUCAUUGUUUUUGAAACUCUGGUCCUACUAAAAGCACAAAAAUGACAUGCCUUCAAUGAAAAAAAAAAAAAAGCAUGAUGAGGAAGGAAACCACUUGAAUUACUACUGUAAGUCUUACAGCAAAAAACCUUUUGGGUUGCAUAAGAAAGUUAAAUGAAAUUGGUGCUAUGUUAUUGGCAAAAAUUUGAAUUCUGUUACUGUAUAUGUAUUGUUUUAUUUGAUGUAUUGCCUGGUCUGGCACCAGUGAAACUUGAAUGUAAGAUCAAUACAUCUUUUUCUUAUUCUCCUCUUUUCUCUUAAUUUUGGUGUGUAUUACAUUUCAAGUAUAAUUAUGCUUAACUUGCUUAACAUACUACUAAUACUUUAGUAUGUACUGUUUUAUAAUACAUACUGUAUUCACCCAUUUCUAAGUACACAUGCUAAAAUACAUGCAAGCAGUCAUUAUUUUCCUCUUCCAGUAGUUUGAAAAAAUGAAGAAUUUAUGUCAUUUGAAUGACUGUAAGCCAAUACUAAACUUUUUUCUGCAAAAUUGAUUGUCCUCAGCAGGGAUUUUAGAUUUGGUCUGACAAUUUUGGAAUACAAUAAUGGAAUGAAU